AUGGAGAACGAGAAGGGCGAAAUCGUCGAUCUCUACGUCCCCCGCAAAUGCAGCGCGACCAACCGCAUCAUCCGGGCCAAAGACCACGCCUCCGUCCAGAUCAGCGUCGGCAAAGUCGACGAGAACGGCCGCUACACGGGCGAGAACCAGGUCUACGCACUUAGCGGCUUCGUCCGAUCGCGCGCCGAGAGCGACGACUCCCUCAACCGACUGGCGCAGAAGGAUGGGUUCUUGAAGAGCGUCUGGAGCGCCCAGCCUACGAGAUAA